AUGACAAAAGAAGAUCAACCUUUGGAUCGUCGGAAGACGAAGUUUUAUCUGGCUCCGAUGGUUCGCUAUUCCAAGCUUGCUUUUCGUAAGCUUGUUCGACUUUAUGAUGUCGAUUGCUGUUAUACGCCUAUGAUUUAUGCGAAGAAUUUUCUGGAAUCCGAACAUUGCAGAUCUAGCGAGUUUUCGACCACACCCGGUAUCUUUGUUUCUAGACUCAAAGCAAUGAACAUCAGUAUUCUUCCAGAUGAUCGACCUUUGAUAGUUCAGUUCGCGUCUGAUGAUCCUUUCGUUUUCGGUUCCGCUGCUGAGUUAGUGUACAAGUACGCAACAGGUGUUGAUCUCAACUGUGGUUGUCCGAAGAGUGAUGUUAGAGCAAAAGGAUUUGGAAGUUUUCUUUUGAAUCGACCAGAGCUCCUGGCUGACAUGGUAAGGCAAUGCAGAGCUCGGAUACACGACCCAGACUUUACGGUAAUUUUUCUUCUUUUUUUUUCAUCAAGAAUGUGCAAAACUUGUGAUGAUGAUCUUCCAGAUCUCUUUGAAAAUACGCGUACAGUAUCCUCUGGAAAGGACUAUAGAUCUAUGCAGAAAGGUAGGAAUGGUUUUCAUGCAGAAAAAGCCGGUGUGUCUCAUCUCACCGUACAUGGCCGUACACCUUCAAUGCGUUGUGAACCAGUUGAUUAUGACGCCAUCCGCAUAGUAAAGGAAUCUGUGUCAGUGCCUGUAAUAGCCAAUGGAGAUGUUACGCAAAGAUCGCAGGCUUUGGAAAUUGCUGAGACAACAGGAGUUGAUGGUGUGAUGGCUGCAAACGGACUUCUUUAUAACCCAGCUUUGUUCGCCGGAUACGAAUACACACCUGCCAGUUGUAUCAGAGAUUUU